AUGCAAGAAAAUGUGGUUUCUUGUGAUUUACUCAACAAGACUCAACAAGACAAUGAAAGCUUUGAAGUCAAUGGGUUUCUAGUUCCUUCUUCACAGGUGGAAUCUGUGAAGCGCAUAUUUGAGAAUCACCCAGACAUUGCAUCUGGAGUCGUUACACAGAAGGGAGGAUUUAAAGUAGAUUGGUUGGAGAAGAAGAUUAAGCAACUGAUGGAAAAGAAGAAUAGAGUGAAGACAGGCAAGGGUCGUCUUCCGGAAAUGGAAUGCGAAGACAUGAAAGCUCUUUUGGAGAAGGAGAAAGCAGAAGUUGCAGACGCCAAUAAACCUUUCUCGUUCGAGGACUUUCUUUGA